ACAGUCAUGAGCCCUCAGUCCUGCAGGGAGCGCUUACGUUCUUGUUGCGUUUGUGCUGUGUUUGCAUCGUAGAGGAAGCGUGCACAUUGUAAACACUGGGAUAUGGCUGAGGAGGAACACGACAUAAACGACAACAUGGGCAAUCAGCUGCAGCUCGUGCCAGACAAUGAUGAAGAGGAGGAGGAUGAAGAUGAAAUGGCGACAGAAGACAGGGACAGCGAGGACCCAGAGAAGCCAAGUAUUAUCACGUUUGACCCGAGCCUGCCCACUUCACACGCCUACUUGGGCUCAGACAUGGAGGAGUUCACUGGUCGGACGGUUCAUGAUGACGACAGUUGCCAGACGAUCCCGGUCCUGCCUCAUGCAGCGCUGAUGCUUGUCCCAGGACAGACCCUCCCCCUGCAGUUGUUCAGGCCUCAAGAGGUCAGCAUGAUGCGCUCCAUCAUCCAGAAGGAUCGCACCUUUGCGGUAAUCGCAAACAGUGAUGGAGGUGAACCGGAGGCAACGUUUGGGACGACAGCAGAGAUCUACGCGUACAGAGAGGAGCAGGAGUAUGGCAUCGAGACCGUCAAAGUCAAAGCCAUCGGACGACAGAGAUUCAAGGUCCAUGAGAUACGUACUCAGGCAGACGGGAUCAGACAGGCCAAAGUCCAGAUCCUCCCAGAGCGAAUCCUGCCCGACCCAUUAUCGUGUGUGCAGCUCACGGCUCUGUCAAGGCUCCACCCGCACCCCUCCUCCAGACCCCCGAACCAGAGCUGUAGGGAGGCACAGAGAUGGUGGAGCAACUAUCAACAGAAGAAGUUCAACUGUGCCCGAGUGACAUCGUGGCCACCCUGGGUCUACGCUCUGUACGAUGCUGAGACGCUCAUGAACAGAGUCAAGAAACAGCUCCACGAAUGGGACGAGAACCUGAAGGACGACUCACUCCCCUCCAACGCCAUAGAUUUCUCAUACCGGGUGGCAGCCUGUCUCCCCAUUGACGACGCUCUGAGACUGCAGCUGCUCAAAAUUGGCAGCGCCAUCCAGAGGCUGAGGUGUGAACUGGACAUUAUGGACCGGUGCACCUCGCUUUGCUGCAAACAGUGCCAGGACACAGAAAUUACCACAAAAAAUGAAAUCUUCAGUUUGUCGUUGUGCGGUCCGAUGGCGGCGUACGUCAAUCCUCACGGUUAUGUCCAUGAAACUCUGACUGUUUACAAAGCCAAUAACCUGGGGCUGGUCGGAAGGCCCUCUACACUGCACAGCUGGUUCCCAGGUUACGCCUGGACCAUCGCUCAGUGCAGGACCUGUGGCUCUCACAUGGGCUGGAAGUUCACUGCUACAAAGAAAGACUUGUCUCCUCAGCGGUUUUGGGGUCUGACGCGCUCUGCCCUCUUACCCAGAAUCCCACAGGGCGAAGGCGAGGAGGCCGGGGACAACUCACGACUCUUCUGUCUGUGAUUACCAUCCAAUUGGCUCAUGUUUGGUCCAAGAUAUAAUCAACAAAUCCCCAAAGUUGGGACACAAAUGCAGUAAUUCAUGCACUGCUUGUCGCUGUCACCUCUACUGCAAAAUCCAUCAUACAGGGCUCCUGAGUGCGACCAUUUUCUUUGGGCUUCACCAGUGCAUCUCACAGAUCCUCAUGACAUCCUUUCUCCCUUUUCCUCCUCCGCUCUCCUCAUUAUAAAUGUGGAUUAAAUAAUAUUACUGUUUUAAUUGACAAUUUAACAAAAAAGCAUUAAAUUACUCCCCUCUGACCCUCUGAUGAAGCCAGUUGGAGUUUAGGCUGAUUUACACAGAGCCAAAUGCACUACAGAGAUUGUAAGUUUGGCUUUUUUCAUUAAUUUGUGAAUGAGACACAGUAUUUACCUUUAAAGAGAAGCCCCAACCCUGCGGAUCCUUCAAACUGUUGAGUUAUUUAAAUGAAGCUGCCAUCGUGUGAGAUGAAAAAGAAAAUAAAUCUAGAUGCAGAUUCAAAGUCAAAGAUCAACUAUUGAAAUUAGAAGGAAGAGGUCUCACUUUGCCCAUUCUGUAGCAAACUGUAAAGAUCCUUCAAAGCACAGACCUCUCACUCUGACUAGUUUUGAAGCCAAUAUUUAUUUUAUAGGUUCUUGGUUUUUUUUUGUUGUUUUUUUUUUAUUAAACUUAGGCUUCAAAAAAGUAAAGUACUUUAGUAGUACUUUAAAAAGUAAAGGUAAAUUAUUUGAUCAAAUAAACAACUUUGAAUAGAUAAAACUAGUCGUUAUUGGAAUAUUAUUUCUUUUACACUCCACACUUAUUACAGAAAACAAAUAGAGAAUUAAUUGCAUAUCUGGGUAAAAGUAAGUAAUCAAGUUCUUUAUUCAGCCCUUAUUGUUGAAGCAAUUUAAGGACAAUAUAUUUCCAUGGCUUAAAUAAGCGACAGGCUUUUGGUGCACCCAAAUGAAAACCUUAUGCACACUGGUACACCCAACUCAAAUCAUAAAUCUGGAGCCCUGUCAGUCUGGAGCCCUGUCAUAUUAAGGAAAGGUUAAAGGUUGUUUAAAUGGCAAAUAUAAAGUGAUUUGCUUUGAUCAUGGAGGAGGACUGCGACAGAAAUGGCCCCAUUGCAAUUAAAGCAACACCGCGUAACUUUCUGGAGGUGGCAUGUCACCUGUAUGAUCCCAUUGAAAUGGAAAGUUACAUCCAUACUGCAAAACACUCUCCAUGGAGAUAGACAUGUUUUAUGCCCUACUAUGGAAUAUUAGCAAGUACAAAAUUUCCAUGGAGACAUGCAGGCAGCCAAAUAAGAGUCAGGUUUGUGGAGAUGCAAGCCUCUUCGCAACAAGGAUGCUUUUCAGUUCAAUAAAAACAUCCAAAAUGAAAAAAGCAUGCAUUUAUUUGUUGGCUAAAAUGUUAUGCAGUGGGGCUUUAAGCAAAGAAACUACACAUGCCAUGGCUACAAGUUUAAUGAUGUUUCUGCUUUAACCAAGGAGCAAAUUAUUCAACUGAUGCUGUUUAUGGAAAAGGGGACAUGGUUUUACAAACUGGCCUUAAAAUAUUGAAGACAGCUUUGGUUGUUUUGUUAAUAUCAGCCAUGUUGCUAAUGUCUGCUACAACGACACACUGAGAUUACAUUAAGACCAUUUAAGAAUCAAGAAUCCAAGUAAUCAGACUAAGGUAUGUUCAAAUUAGCCUGAAAUUACAAUAUUGGUGAAGCUUCAACUUCUAACUUAAAUAUAGUUUAUCUUAACUUGUGUGCAACCAGGCUUUCUUAAGGGUUUGUGAGGUCCGUAAAGAGAGUCUGUGUAAUCCCUCAGUUGUCCAGGUCUGAUCCAUAGCAAAAGACGAAGUUUAAAACUGUCAAUGGAGAAAUCAUUGUAAAUCGCUCAUCCGAGCUGCUGCUUCUUCUGUAAAGAGAGAAAUUGCAUCUAUCCUUCUAAUAUGUAAAAUACUGUCACUCAAAAUUCAAAGUUCAUCCCAUUUUCUUUGGUUUGAUGGAGAAAUGGACUGCAGCCUGUUGAACCAAGAGUGUAUAUUCAGAGUGUAAAAUUGUAUUUUUAUAAGUGAAAGAUAUUACCAAAUGCUUAGCCAUAUGAGGAGUACACUGGUCAGUUCUGUAUGAACAAAAUGUAGGUUGGAGAAAAACAAAAGUUGUCUUGACAGGAUGCAACCACAGUGCUAUGUCUUGGUCUCUGUAUAGUUUUAAAGGCCAAGCUUGUUUGCGCCACGGUAAACACUGGGAGUUGGUUUAUUUUUGGUCCCAGUAUGUGCCUAUGUUUUUUUGUUUUGGAGUUGACAGAAGGAAGUAGAAAUUUGAAUAUAUUGUCUUAUUUAAACAGUUUUGGUUUGUCUAUUUUAUCCCAAGAUGGUGUUGUGUUGGCAUAGCAUUUAGCAUCAGUCAGUACAUUGCUCUCCAUAAUAUUGUCACCAAUGAUGCAAUAUGUAGUGAUAUGGUAACAUUUAGUUUUGUUCUGGAGACUUUCUGACCAAAAUAGGUUUCCACAUAUAUUUUUCAGAACCAUCUUUUUGACAUUUGGAACCAUUUUCAAUACUCGAAUACAGUUAAUGUUCUGGAGUUAAUAAGGAUGACAGUAGCUCAGUUGGUAGAGCGGUUUUGAAUACCGCUCUCAACAUAAAGAUCAUUGGUGCAGCGGUCAGAUCCACUCACCCACAGGUUGGCGAUGUGAUUGGAUGAGUGGUUCCUUGAUUUAAAGUCCUUUGAGUACCUUGAAGGAGGAAAAGCACUAUAUAAAAAUUUGACCAUUUACAAUAAGUCAUGACUGAAAUAUUUAUAGUUACUAUCCUAGAAAAUUUUUUAAAUAAAAUAAAAUCAGAAAUCUACAUGUGUCAAAACUAUUUUUCGAUUUGAUGGUCAUUAUUGCAAAAGGUGUCAGUGUUCCUGGAGGACACUGUAUAUUCACUGUUAAUUUCUUGUUAUCGUUGAGAUUCUCAUGUUGUUUUAUAUGUUCUUUGUUUUUGUUUUAAAGAAAUGUGUAGUUUUCUCUACAUCCUUCCAUUCAUAUUCAUAUCUAAAAUGAUAUUGUUUUGAGGACUUUUCCAAACAUUAAGUACUGCAUUAGCUGAUAAAAUUCAACUGAGAAGUGACUGAGUGGACUUAUGGGAAAUGAAAGAAACUGAAUGGCUUUUUUUUUUUUUUUUUUUUCAAUAAUGAAUCAGUCUAAGAUUUCUUCAUUUGCAAAACCCUUUGUUUAAAUCAAUAUUCUGACUCAUGUGGAUUGAAAACAACAAAUGUACAAUCUCAAGUAAUAAAACUGGUGUCAGUAUGUGAA